AUGUCAAGUAUUAUAGAGGCUUCAGCUGCUUUAAGAAAAAGAAAACAUUUAAAAAGAGGUAUUAACUUCACUAUAAUGGUAGUCGGCCAAUCUGGCUCGGGUAGAUCCACCUUCAUUAAUACGUUAUGCGGCCAACAAGUGGUUGAUACCUCUACUAGUGUAUUAAGGCCUAAUGAUAACUCAACCGCCAUUGAUUUACAAUUAAGGCAUGAAAUGGUGGAACUUGAGGAUGACGAUGGUGUGAAAAUACAAUUAAAUAUUAUUGAUACACCAGGAUUUGGUGAUUCUCUGGAUAAUUCUAGUAACUUUGAUAUUAUAAAAGAUUACAUUUGUCAUCAGUAUGAUGAGAUUUUAUUAGAAGAAAGUCGUGUUAGAAGAAAUCCUCGUUUCAAAGAUGGUAGAAUUCAUUGUUGUUUAUAUUUUAUUCAGCCCUCUGGGCAUGGCUUAAAGGAAAUUGAUGUUGAAUUUAUGAAACAAAUGGGGCCAUUAGUCAACAUUAUACCUGUUAUUUGUAAAGCUGAUUCUUUAACCGUCGAAGAACUGAAAUUCAACAAAAAAUUAAUAAUGGAUGAUAUCAAUUAUUACGCUUUGCCUAUCUAUAAUUUUCCAUUCGAAGAAGAUGAUAUUAGUGAUGAAGAUUAUCAGACCAAUACAUAUUUACGUUCCUUACUACCAUUUUCCGUUAUAGGGUCAAAUGAUGUUUAUGAAUUAGACAAUAAAACUAUAAUUCGUGGGAGAAAAUAUCCUUGGGGGAUGUUAGAUGUAGAAGAUCCUAAUAUAUCUGAUUUUGUUAUAUUGAGAAACACUUUACUUAUUUCCCACUUAAAUGAUUUGAAGGAAUAUACCCAUGAAAUUUUAUAUGAAAGAUAUAGAACAGAAACUUUAUCGGGUGGUAAUUCUAAUGGUAAUCAUCGUAAUCCAUCAACAUCGGAUAAUAAAUUACAUAAUGAUGAUGCUAGUGUAACAAAUGUCGAGGAUAUUAAGACUUUAGGUAAUAAUACUAGUAAAUCUGUGGGAAUAGAAGGUGAAUCAGCCACCCGUAAAACUAGUAAUGGGAAAAAUGAAACAUAUUUGGCCAGAGAAGAACAAAUUAAGUUAGAAGAAGAAAGACUAAAAGCCUUUGAAGAAAGAGUUCAACAGGAAUUGAAAUUAAAAAGAAAGGAAUUGUUGCAAAGAGAACAAGAAUUGAGAGAAAUAGAAGAAAGGUUAGAAAAUGAAUCCUCGGUAAAACAGGAUCAUUGA